AUGGCCACCACUGCGUUCCCUCAAGAGUGCGACAUUGUCGCCACGCUCUCUCCCAAGGACGGCAAGCUCGACAGGGUCGUCGAACUUCUCACCGAGUUGACCUCGUCCGUUCAGAAGAAUGAGCCCGGUGUCUUCAGCUUCCACCUCUACAAGGAUUUCGACGCCGAGACUGGAAAGGAGCAGCUUGUCCUUGUUGAAAAGUAUGCCGACAAGGCGGCUUAUGAUCUGCACGCAGAGUUGCCCGAGUUUCAGGCAAUGCACAAGAAGUUCAGGGAGGAAGAAUUGAUGGAACGUCCGAUUGUUAUUAAGAGCGUGAAGCCGCUUGUCGGGUUUUAUAGAGACUAG